AAUUACAAAGCAGUAGACUGCGUGAAACGACAUGACAGCGUGGAUCCACUUAUGUCACUUUGUCACAUUAUCAACACUAUACAGGCAUUUCCAAGGAAGUAGAUACUUUGCAGUUGGAUUUUACUUCAGUCAGUAGAUGGAAAAUGAACGGAAUAUUGAUGGGCAUAUCCAUGACUGAAGACAUUAUUGCCCUUCAAACCGCAAUGGUUGUUUUGGAUGUCAAAUGAGUUCGGAAGGUGUUAAAAUAUUUGUAUUUAAAAAAUGGCUGACGAGUCCUGUCCAGCGGCUUUGUCGGAGCUGUGUUUGGCCCAGGUUUGUCUCAGCCUGGACACUCUCUGCAGAAUAGGACCAAAUGGCUCCAUGAGGCUCCUCUGGGCCCCAUUGCUCCCGCAAGAGAUGGCGGAUCAGAUACUGAACAAGAUGGCUGUGGAGGGCAGACUGAAUGACAGAACUGUCAGCAUAUUCCGCAACUGUGAACAACUCCGUUUGAGAAAAGCACGUAUCCGCUCCUCUCCUCUCUCUGCGGAGGCCUUCCGCUGUGCCCUCUGCCCUCACCGACUGCAGGAGCUGGAUGCUUCCUGGGUCUCUGGGGGCCUCACUGGGGCCCAGAUCCUCUCAGGGCUGGCCUCCAACCCGGAGUGCAGAGCCAGCCUGCAGAGGCUCACUCUGAGAGGCUUUCAGAUGGAAUGGGAGUCACUGCAGGUGGAGGAAGCAGCCCAGGUGGCAUUCAGCUCCCUGAAGGGCCUGAGGACACUCAACCUGGCCAACACAGACCUCACAGACCCCACCCUGGAGGACAUCUGUACACUCCCAAAGCUAGAGGGGCUGGACAUCUCCAGCACCCCGGUCACUGAGCUGAGUGCCCUGCUGGGGUGCCGGAAUACCCUGAGGUACCUGACAGCACACGGCCUGAGGCGGCUAGACAUGUCCUCAUCCAGGCUAAUUUCCGUCCUCGGCCAGCUCAGCGCCCUCCAGCACCUGGAUCUCUCUGAUGAUCGCUUUGCAUCUGCACUGUCAUCAGCAGAGGAUGACAUAGAGAGCGAGGUGGAUCAGGCGCUGAGGCUUCUCCUGGAGGGUGAUCCCGGGGUUCUCCCGGCUCUUGUGUCCCUGGAUGUGUCUGGAAGAAAGAGGAUGACUGAAGGGGCGAUCCAGGCCUUUGUUGAGAGGAGGUGUGGUCUGGUGUUCCUGGGGCUGCUGGCUACUGGUGCUGGUUCCUGUGAUGUUCUGACAGCGAAGGAUAACCUGAAGGUGACUGGUGAGGCCAAUGAGCAGCAAAUCUGUGAGUCUUUGAGGAGGUACAGAGAGAGGGAGUGUUUCACACGCGAGGCCCUGGUCAAUCUGUACCAGCUGACCAGCGACAUGGACAACCAGACCAGACCAGAUAUCCUGAAGCUGGUGUUGGAAGGGAUGCAGAACCACUCCGAUUCGCUCAGUGUCCAACUGGUUGCUUCGGCAUGCAUCUUCAACCUGACCAAUCAGGACAUGGCUGUCGGUAUGCCUCACCCCCUACUCAGUGCUGUUGUGAAUCAGGUGCUGAAGGCCAUGAGGGGCUUCCCCAGCCACCAACAGUUACAGAAGAACUGUCUGCUGGUACUCUGCAGUGACAUCAUUCUUCAGGAUGUCCCUUUUGAUAGGUUUGAAGCAGCCAAGCUGGUGAUGAACUUGCUUAGUGGUCAAGUGGACCAGACCCUGCAGAGGAUGGCUGUGGCCAUAAUUUCCAUACUAGUGGCCAAACUGUCCACAGAGCAGACUACACAGCUGGGAGCUGAUAUAUUUAUUAUGAAGCAGCUGCUGGGCAUCGUGCAGCAGAAGGCCAUGACAGGAGUAGUAGACUCCACUCUGAAGUUUGCCUUGAGUGCUCUGUGGAACCUGACAGAUGAGACACCCACUGCCUCACGACACUUCAUCCAAUGUCAGGGCUUGGAGCUGUAUGAAGAAGUUCUGGAAUCCUACUACUCCGAAUCUUCUAUACAGCAAAAAGUUCUGGGUCUUCUGAACAACAUAGCGGAGGUGGAGGAGCUGCAGGCUGAUCUGAUGGACGAGGGUCUCCUGGAUCACAUUAUGAGCCUGCUCCAGGGUCCCCAUGUGGAGGUGGGGGUCAGCUACUUUGCAGGGGGCAUCCUUGCCCACCUCACCUCCAGGCAGGAUGCAUGGACCCUAGACCAGGAGCUACGACAAACCAUACUGGAACAGCUGUGUGCUGCCAUACUGACCUGGGACCUCCCUGAGCGGGAGAUGGUGUCCUACAGGUCAUUCCGGCCAUUCUUCUCCCUUCUCCAGACCUGUCAGCCUGCCGGAGUGCAGCUAUGGGCUGUGUGGGCUAUACGUCUCGUCUGUACUCAGAACAGCAUGCAAUACUGCCGUAUGCUCCAAGAGGAGGGAGCAGUUGACCUCCUGAAGACCUUGAUCUCUGACCUUGACACCCACAGCGACAUCAGAAGGAUGGCAGAGUGCAUCCUGGGUAUAGUGGAGUGCCAACAGACCACCAGCGACCCACAGGAUUGACCGGAGUACCAUGGGGUUUCAUGGUAGUUCUGUCUCCCUGGUCCCCUUAGUCAUAGAGGGGAUCUUAAAUUAGGAAAGUGUGUGUUUAAAUAUGAAGAGGAUUUCUUAGAUGUUUUCCUUUCUGUGUACAGCCUAGUACAUUUUCCUUUAAGUUGUGGGAAUAUUUAUUGUGGGAAUAAAUAUCAAAUUUUUGCAACAAAACACAAGACUGCCUAGCUUUUAAAAAUUAUUACUCAACAGUAAUUUAAGAAAUCACAGAAGUUGGUCUAGAUCUGAAGUGACUUAAACUACAUAGUUGCUGCUGUUAAAAGAAAACAAAAUUUUAGUAAUUUAAAAUUAUUAUCAAAAUGAAUUUGUUUUCUUAGUAGGUUGCAGGGUAAUGCACCAACAAACCAUUUCACUGUGUUUUAGGUGAUUAAAUCCAAACCGUCACCAGGGGGCUCUGAGGUGCUGCGUUGCCAGCCAGCCCCAGCUCCAUGGUCGGAACACCAAUCCUACUUUAAAUAUGUUAUAUAGGGUGCUAGCCUAGUGGUUAGAGCAGUGUCUCCCAACCUUUUUCAGUUACUGUACCCCC